ACUACUAUUCAUCAAAGAAUUGUGUUUGUUUAGCUGUAUGUUCUUAAUGAAAAUCAAUACGCUUUAAUUUAAUUCAAAAUCAUGCCGAUUGUAUUGAAAGAGAAAGAUAUUUCUUGGUGGCAAAUCGAGUGUAAAGUAUUUUUACAAAUUCAAAUUCCAUACGUGUCUCAAAAAAAUUCGGAUAUUUUAACAUCUAAUAAAUAUAUAAAAAUUAGUUGUUUAUCACAUAUUUUCGAAGCUGUUCUUUGGGAUGAAAUUGAUGAAGAACGCAGUAAGUGUAUGUUUAAUGAUGGUUGUGUUUUAUUUGAGCUUCUUAAAAAAAAUAUUAUACAUUGGGAAUAUUUGACAUUACAAACAUCAAAAGAAGAACUAAAAAAGUUAAAAAGUGAGAUAUUGAAUUGGAUAAUAGAAGAACGACAAAAAAAAAUCUCAACAAAAAAUUGGUAAAGAAUUGCAAGAUCUGAACGAGAUCGAUUAGCUGUUAAGGAACAAAUAAAAUACGAAAACAAAGAGCAUCAACUUAUUCAAAGUAUUCGUGACGAAGAGAAAAAAAAAGUACUAAACGAAUUGUAUACGUGGAAAUCAACACCAAUAAUUAAUCACAAAGAAAAUACAAAAAAAGAAAACACGAAUAAGAACAAUGAUAUAUUCUCAAAUAAUGAAACUAUUAAAAUCUACGAGAUUGAAAAUGAACUGGCCGAGAGUGAAUUACCAACUCCUAGAAAAUUUAAGUCCAUUCAAAUUAAUUUCACGCCGAGACAUUUUCCUACUCCAAGUAGAGAAUCGACUAAAGCAGAAGAAUUGGAGUGGUUAAAAAAGCAAACAGCUGCUAGAAGGGCUUCGGGAUUCGUGGAAGAAGAUCUAAGACCAGAAGAACAUGAUCCAGAAUGGUGUUUGCAAAAAGGAGAUAUAUUUAUGACGGAAUUUAAUUACAUUGGUGCCGUUUCCGCUUAUUCUCAUGGGAUAAAGCUGAGUCCCAAAAUGGCUAUAUUGUAUUUAAAUAGAUCUAAAGCACAUAUUAAAAUGAAAAAUUACCACAAGGCCCUUGAAGAUGCGUCAACUGCGUUGGAGCUGAUGGUGCCAGCUGUUGACGCAAACGUAUCUUGGCGAGCCGAGGCUUAUUACAACCGCGGAAAAGCGUUGGUCGAGCUGAACACCGCCCAUUUGGCCGUGGGCGAGCUCGAGUCUGCACUGAGGCUGGAGCCGGGCCGAGCCGACACUUACGGGCCGGAAUUGACCAGAGCCGUACGCUUAGCUCCUGAACACGAGGCGAUGUCGAAUAAAGGUCGGGAAUUGGACCUAAGCGAUGCCCCGACCGUUUGGUAUAAAUAAUGACCGAUAUUCGCGGUCGUUUAUAGUGGUGAACGGUAGACGUGUGUCACAUUUGGUUUGUGGUUUGCAUAUUAUCGUAUAUUCCUACGUUGUUCGGUUGAAAAAUCAUAGCAAUUUAUGUUUUAAAUUUGUGUAAUAUAGAUUUGCGUACGUUGUGAUCCAAGUACCCAUGAAAAAAUAUAUAAUAAUAACAUUUUCAACAGCAAAAUACAGAAGUAAAUUUUCAUCGAUUUUCCAAAAUGGUAAUUUUUUCUCAUUUUAUUUCCUUUAUGUAAAAGGUAUAAUUCGUGUUUUUAUAAUGAGUUAAGAAAUCAAUUUUACGAGUAAUAUUUCAAACGUAAUCAAUUUAUUAUACAACAUCAUAGUAUCUGGCCUCUGCUACCACCACGACUAAUCUAUUGUGUGUUUUUUUUUUAAUUGUACCUCAAUACGUUAAUAUAUUGGUCAUUGUUAACGAAUAAUUUUUGAUUUUUUUCCCGAUUUUUCUCUUUACUUAAUGCCCAUGC